AUGCGCCAUCUUCUGAUCAACGUAGUGAUGAUGCGGACAUUUUUUUCCUUGUCCUUCAAGGAGUAUAUGCUUUUUUGCUGGCAUUCAUGCGGUGAUUUUGUGCAAUUCCUGAACAGUCCUGUAGCACACAUCGCAGGACUUGUACUGGGAGCUAAUCAGAUCGAAGUUCGGAAGAACUGGAAUUCGUUUCCGGUAAUCGGGAAUGAAAGCAGUGAAGAUGAACUGCAAACAGUGGCAUACCAGUGGCCACCUGUAUGA